AUGAAAAAAUCAAAGCGCCCUCUUAUUCAGAUAGGGUCAAAAAAUGUUUUUAAUUUUAAAGUUAUGAAUGAUUUUAUUAAAUGGUUGGAAAGUGAUGGAAAUAUUUUAUUUUCAAAUGUGGAUAUUUGUUUGAUUGACAAAUCUGUUGGUUAUGGGUUAUUUGCAAAAGAGAAUGUUAGAUUAAAUGAAGUUUUGAUUAAGAUUCCAGAAAAAUAUAUUAUUACUGCAGAUUUUGUGUCCAAUAUUAAAGAAUAUUCAGAUAUAUUAAACAGAUUUGUUUUUGAUUUUUCCGAACUGUUAGCUCUUUUCUUUGCUUUUGAACGGGUAUAUCUUGAUUAUUUUUGCAAACAAUUUGGGUCUUUAAACGAUGGGACUGCUUAUUUUGUGCAGUGGACAUUGGAAAUGCCCAAUGGAUUUGAACAGUUUUUGGAUUGUAGGAAAAAGUUGAUGAAUGAAAAACGAAAUGAAAGCGAUUUUUGGUGGAAGUCGUAUAUAGGCAUUCUUCCAAGAAACUUUUCAACUCCGUUAUUUAUUUAUUAUUUAAAAGAAAAUGGACAGGCUAAAAUAAAAGAAAUUGCCUGUCAAUUGCCUAUUGAAACAAAAGAAAAAUUGUUAGGACAAUUGGAUGAAUUAAUUGUUUUUGAAGAAAAGUUUUUUAAAUUGCUUCUUAAUUCAUCCGAGGAGGAUGCUUCUCAAAUUGCUAAAGAACUUUCUCAAGACUCGAUAAUUUUUUGGAGAGAAAUUUGUUGUUGGGCAUGGCAUAUAGUUAAUACAAGCAUUUUUACCGAAAAUUUGUCUUUACACUCGGUUGAUAAACAAAAAAGUUAUGAUAAAAAUCAGAAGAAUUGCUCAAAAAAGAAAAUAGAUGAAGAAAAUUUUGGAGGCUCACUUGCAUUAGUACCUUUGGUUGAUAUGUUGAACCACAGUCCUGAUGCUUCGUGUGUCCCAUUUUUCGACAAAAAGAUGGGCUUCUUCAAAGUUAUCGCAGAGCACCAUUCUAUUGUGGCUGGACAACAAUUAUUUUUCUGUUAUGGUGCUCAUAAUAAUGACCAACUUUGGAUAGAAUAUGGUUUUAGACUUUUGGAGAAUCCUUUUAAUCGUGUGAAUAUUUCAAUAGAUUUGUUCGUUGUUUUAGCUGAACGUUGUGGACAAAAAGUUGAAUCAGCAAGAAGAGAAAUUCUUAAAAAGGCUCGUCUACCUUGUACAAUUUAUGCAACUGAUGAAAUUCCGAGUUUUGCACUUCGUAAAAAUUCUUCUAUUUUAUUGAUGAAAAAAUCAAAAUUAUCAAAUUGGAGUCAAUAUCUUUUUUCUGAUGAAGAAAAUGAAUAUGAUGAAGAAGGAAUUUUAACUAGUCCAGAAAUAAAAUUAAUUGUAUCGAUUUUGAGGAAACUUGAAAAUGCCCUUAUUGCAAGAAGAAAUGAAUGCUUGAUGGAGGAAAUUUGUGCAUCCUGGGAUGAUCAAAUACAAAUAUUAAAAAGGAUGUUAAUUAAAUAUUGA